GAUAGGCUCAAGGACACUUACAAAUACCGCGACACUUGAGCUAGGCGCCAUGAUCUAACUACCCGGUGCUAAUUCUUAAAGACCAAUAAAUUGGCUUGUUUUAAAAUCAUAACUGUAAACAAACAAAUAUUGUGACAAAAAUGUCGGCCAAAAGUGAUAAGGCCGUCGAAAGGCAAAUGCAAAUGUUUGAAAUUGAAAUGAUGCAACAAGUAUUUACCAACAUGACAAAUAGUUGUCUAGCUAAAUGUAUUCCUUCUAACUAUAAUGAUGGUGAUCUUACUAAAGGUGAAGCAGUCUGUCUAGAUAGAUGUGCCUCAAAAUUCAUGCAAGCAUAUAUGCAGACCACCAAAAAGUUGUCCACGAUGGCAUCACCUGACCCAAAAGCGGUAAGCAGUAACUAAAUACGCUCAUUUAAUAACCUGAGAAUUAAACUGUACAAAAAAUAUCUUAUUUUUUGUAUGAUAUUACAGUUGUAAAUUAGUUAUAUUUUUCAAACACAAUAUCAAAAUAAAGAUUCUGCACCCCG